AUGUGUUCACUUACUGAACCACGUCGUGCUAUUGUUUCAUGUAAACACAUAUUUUCAUCGUAUACUAAUGAAUGUUCUACAGCAACAGCAUCUUCAUAUCGAUCAACGAAACGAAGAUUAAAUGACAAUAUUUCUAAUACUAAAGUCUUUCAAAUUUCAUUCGAUGUUGAAACUAAUUUCUUAGUUAAUAAUGAUAAAUUACUCAGGACAUCAUUAAAUCCACGUUCACCUACUUUCUAUUCUCAUCAUCAUGAAGAAUUAAUAUCAAGUGACAGCAGCUAUCAAUCUACAACAUCUGGUUAUGGUACUCGUAGUAGUAGUAGUAGUAGUACGGAUCCAGGACAACAAUUAUCUCCAAUUUUAAUAAAUAAUGACAAUCAACCAUCAUUUUCAUUUUCAAUUAUUAAUAAUAGUCCAACUACACAAAUUCGUCGUAAAUCAUCAUCAUCAUCAUUAUCAUCUUUUGAAUCUAAUCAUAUAAUAUUAUGUCCAUGUGAAAAAGAAAAUUCUAUAAAUCGUAAACGUUAUAGACGUUAUUUAAAAAAAACUUCAUAUGAAAAUUAUCAAACAAAACGUAUAAAAAUUAAUUAUCGUACAAAAAAUCGUAAACAAAAUUUAAAUAAUUCAUUAAUUAAAUUUAGUAUUGAUUUAACAGGACAAAAUAUAAAUUAUACAAUUGAAUACCACCAUAAUCGUACAAUUUUACCAUUUUAUUAUGAUUUUUAUUAUAUAUCAUGGCUUCAAAUAUAUUAUUAUUAUUAUUAUUUAUAUUUUUAUCAUUUACAAUUGUUCAAUCGAGAAGAGUAUUUUGAAAAUUUAUUUAUUUAUCUUUUUCUUUUUGCAGCUAUUCAACCACCACCAACACGAUCAUGGCUUCGUCUCUCAUCACCGAAUACAACACAACCAACAGCUAUAUUUACAAUAAUGAAUUAUAAUAUACUUUGCGAUAAAUAUGCAACAAGACAUGUUUAUGGUUAUUGUCCAUCAUGGGCAUUAAAAUGGGAUUAUAGACGAAAACAAAUUCUUGAAGAAUUACGUUCAUAUUCAGCUGAUAUUAUUGCUCUUCAGGAAAUUGAAAGUGAUCAAUAUUAUUCAUUCUUUUUACCUGAAUUACAAAAAAAUGGUUAUGAUGGUGUAUUUAGCCCUAAAUCUCGAGCAAAAACAAUGUGUGAACAAGAUCGACGAUUUGUUGAUGGCUGUGCUAUAUUUUAUCGACAAUCAAAAUUUCGUUUAAUCAAAGAAUAUCUUGUUGAAUUUAAUCAAUUAGCUAUGUUAGCUGCAAAUGGUACAGCAUGUCAUGAUAUGAUGAAUCGUGUUAUGACUAAAGAUAAUAUUGGUCUUGUUGCAUUUCUUGAAACAAAAGAAGAAAUUUAUUCUCAUACAUUUUCAAAUGGUGUUCUACCACCAGAUCAUAAACAAAUGUUAUUUGUAUGUACAGCACAUAUACAUUGGGAUCCAGAAUAUUGUGACGUUAAAGUUGUACAAACAUUUAUGUUAUUAUCAGAAUUAAAAACAAUUAUGGAUGAUGCUAUACAAAAACAUCGACCAAAUUCAAAUAUGCCAGUCGAUUGUGCAUCAGUGCCAUUAGUUCUUUGUGGAGAUUUUAAUUCAUUACCUGAUUCAGGUGUUAUUGAAUUAAUGCGUACGGGAAAAAUUUCAAUGAAUCAUGCAGAUUUUAAAGAUCUUAGUUAUGAAUCAUAUUUACAAAAAUAUUGUCGUAUUGAUGAAAAUUCAACACCAAGUAAUGAUAUUGUACAUCAAUUCAAAUUACAAUCAGCUUAUGAAACAACAUCAGCACCUAUUAUGCCUUAUACGAAUUAUACGUAUGAUUUUAAAGGAAUUAUUGAUUAUGUUUUUUAUUCAACACAAUUAAUGCGUGUACUCGGUGUAUUGGGACCACUUGAUCCUGAAUGGCUUCAAACAAAUAAAAUAGUCGGCUGUCCACAUCCAAAUGUUCCAUCGGAUCAUUUUUCACUUCUUGUUGAAUUUGAACUUAAUCCAACAACAAAUGAGAAUUUAAAAAAUUCAACAACACCAGUACCUACAAGACGACAAUAA